AUGAUUGAUGAUCAACCAUCUUGUCUCUUAUUUGCAAAGUGUCUUAAACCACUUGUUGACUGGAAACCAUUUGCUCUUUGUCUUCCUCAAAUAACACAAUCUGAUGUCAAUAUAAUUUAUAAAAAGAAAAAAAAUGCUCACCUCAUGAAAAUGGCUUUACAUAAGAGAUGGUUACAAGUUAAUCCUACAGCAUCAUGGAGAGAUGUCAUUAAUGCUUUGAAACAAUGUAAAGAGAAUGAACUAGCUACAACUAUUGAAGACAAAGUGACAGAUCCCACAGCAAGGAAUUCUAAUGAAGAUAUGGAAGCCACUGACGGUAGUGCAAAUCCUAUAACAGAAACCAAUGGAGCAAAACAAGCAAGUGAAAAGAUUGAUUCAAAAGAGCCACUUGAUAAUGCAGCAACUGGCCCAGGAGAAAGUAAAAGUGAUGACCAAAUAACAUGCAUUAUAGAUCCACCUCCAGAUGUCAGCAAAUAUUGCCCAAGAUUGGAGGAUAUUGAGAAAAAAAUUUUGAUGAAAAAACUUUCAAAGCUGACCAAAGAAGAGAAAGAGUUAAUAGAAAAAGUCAGUUACAUUCUGGUGACCGCCACACCUAUAGAAUACUGUGCUGUGAUGGGUUCAACUGAUUCUCCUGGAGGUGAUGGUAAAUAUAUUAGAGUUGUCAUAGAAGAUAAAUCAGCAAGAUUUAUCCUGGGGAAAUUUGGGCCAUGUAAUGUUGCAAUAAUAAGCACAGGCCAGGGUCCAGAUAAAACCGAUAGAGUUCUUACUUUAGUACAAAGGGUAGUGAAAGCUAAGUAUGUCAUUGCUAUUGGGAUAUGCUAUGGAGCAAAGGAGAGCAAAACAAAAGUACUUGGUGAUAAAAGACAUUAUUGUUGCCAAAAGUAUUGCCGACACUACACAUAA